AUGUCCACAAGCGCUCAAAUCGGCUCUACCUGCGGGUUCUCAACCCGUCUCUCCCUCCGAUGGGUGCCUGAAGUCCCAGAGGAAACAACCGAUACCAUUGUUCUUUCAGUGGGCAAGUGGUUCGUCGAUUUGCGAAUGGAUAAGAAAUCCGGUGAUAUCGACUGGGCAAUGGCCGGUACUAGAAUCGAGGAGAACCCCAACCAGAUCCCGCUCAAAGUGCUCUUCACGCGUGAGCUAGACUCUCUGAAUGAAAUUGGGAUUGUCGACGUUGGCAACUUCAGUCCAUUGCCGGAUGGCACAGACCUUGAGAGUGGAGAGAUGCCUCGGGCUGAUCUUCCCGGUGCACCUAUGACCGCCUUCGAGGAAGUUUGGCGAGAGCUACCGUUCCGGGAAGGGCCCGAGGGUGCGAAGAAGGGAAUUUCAUGGAUCCUGGAGUCUGAUGAUGCCCCUUUGGCGCCGGGCGAGCAAGAGGCCCAGAUGACCGUGACUAAAGUAUUUUUGGGUCGGAUCUGGGGUACAUAUUUGGCGUUCCAGCAGACUCAAACCCAUUCGAAUCAGAAGGAUGAGCACGGAGUUUGGUCGGUGAAGAGAUCUGGGGCUGAAGUGAGUGCGCGGAGAGAGGAGUGGAGCUCGGGAUGGGUGGAGAAGUACUUGGUGGGACCUGACGCAGGUGCGGUGCCCUCGAUGAAGAGUGGAUUUGACAAUGAGGGCAAGGGAGCGUGGAGAGUUCCUGGCGAGAAGGUUAUGAUUCAGGGAAGAUCAUACAUUGUUCGAGCCUUUGAAGAGAUUGAGUAA